AUGUUAACUACAGUGCAGUAUGCGACCAUUACAGUACCAGCCACACUGUACAUCGUAAAGACAGGCACGGCCCUGCUGGGAAUGGACUUAUUCAAAGCACUGAGACUUUCUAUUGACAACAACAGCGUGCUCUCACCUGCAGGUCCAAUGACAGAGAUCAGAGAGAUCAAAGCCAGAUCGGUGACUGGGGAGAAGCUAGGUCUUGCUAAAGGGUUCAUUCACCGUGUAAAAGUCCGGAAAGAUGUCCAGCCGGUUCAACAAAAAUUGCGACGACUUCCACUGUCUGUUAAACAAGCUGUCUCUGCUGAAUUGGAGAGAUUGUUAGAAAUGGAUGUGAUAGAGAGGAUUGAUGCAUCCCCAUGGGUAUCACCCAUCGUUGUCACACGAAGAAAGAACGGUGCAGUGAGAAUGUGCGUGGACUUACGAGAACCAAACAAGGCGGUUGUGAUGGAUAGUCACCCACUUCCCCAUAUGGAUGAUCUCUUCUCUGAAAUGCGUGGAGCUACUGUGUUCUCCACCAUUGAUUUAGCAAAUGCUUAUCACCAGGUGUUACUGGCAGAGGAAAGCAGAGAUAUGACUGCAUUUAUAACGCACGAAGGGCUGUUCAGGUUUCGUCGGGUUCCAUAUGGACUGUGUUCAGCCCCAAGUGCGUUCUCCAAAAUGAUGUCUCUGGUGCUGAAAGGUCUCAAGGGGGUCCAGAACUAUCUGGAUGACGUCAUAGUCUUUGGCACAGGAAAAGAGGAACAUGAUCAUAACCUGCUGAUGGUGCUGGCUGCGCUAAAGGAAGCCGGCCUCCAGCUCAACAAUGAAAAAUGCCACUUCAACCAGACCAUCCUACGGUUCCUUGGACACACCAUCUCAGCACAGGGUUUGCUACCAGACAAAGAUCACUUUAAGGCUAUUACAGCUGCCCCCGCGCCUAGCGACGCCACCACGCUGCGCUCAUUCUUGGGGCUCACAGCAUGGUAUGCAAAAUUUGUGCAAAAUUACGCAUCUCUGGUGGAGCCCAUGCGAGACUGCCUGCGUGACGACAAAUUUCAGUGGACGGCGGCAGCACAGUCAAGCUUUGACAUUGUCAAGACUCGCAUUGUAACCAGUUCAGCGCUAUCUGUCUUUGACCCCACCCUUCCUACAAUUGUGUCUACAGAUGCUUCGGAUUAUGGUCUGGGUGCCAUAUUGACACAAAUGCACUCUGAUAACACAGAGCGCACGGUUGCUUUUGCCUCACGUUCUCUUACCUCUGCGGAACGGAAAUAUUCCAUUGUAGAAAAGGAGGCGUUAGCCUGUGUGUGGGCUGUGGAAAAGUGGAGGACGUUUUUAUGGGGGACAAGAUUCACACUGCGUACAGACCACCAGGCUCUGACCACACUGCUACACACCAAAGGACUUGGACGCGCAGGAAUGCGUAUUGCCCGGUGGUCAGCCAGACUACUUUGCUUCACGUAUGACGUAGUGUAUCGCGCAGGAGCACAAAACUAUGCUGCUGACUGCCUCUCCCGUCUGCCUCUACCAUCAGAAGAGAAUGCAGAGCCAGUGACUGAGCCCGAACUUGUAGCUUUGCUGGACACAGAACUGAAAGCUCUCUCAGUGAAAGACUUCGCUGCGGCAUGUAAAACAUGCCCAGAGCUUACUGCCAUCAGGGCACAGAUGAAAAAAGGGUGGCCUAAAACAGCAAAGUCUCUAUCUGCAGUGCUCAAACCCUAUUUUGCUACGAGAGAUGAACUCUCAGUUCAAGAUGCGAUAAUAUACAGGGGCCCUCACCGACAGCUAGUGCCUGUAGCCCUGAGAAAACAGCUGGUGGACCUGGCACAUGAAACUCACCAGGGUGUUGUGCGCACCAAGCAGAGGCUACGUGACUUAUAUUGGUGGCCCGGCAUGGACAUGUUGGUGCAGGACAGCAUUAGUGCAUGUGUAACCUGCCAGAUGAAUGAUAAAAGUGCUAAGACGCAUGCUGCUCCACUUCAGCCAGUUUCACUGCCUGACGGCCCAUGGCAGAAAGUAGGAAUUGAUAUCGUCGGACCGUUUGAGUCGGCGAAUUGGGACUGCCGCUAUGCAGUAACUCUGAUUGAUUAUUAUACAAAGUGGCCGGAGGUGGCUUUUACACAUUCAAUCACAACUACGGCUGUCACUACAUUCCUGUCUGCUGUGUUUGCCCGUUUCGGUAACCCCACAGAGCUCAUUAGUGACAAUGGAACACAGUUUACCUCGAGCGAGUUCACCGAAUUUCUGGCAGUGAGAGAUAUUACACACAGGAAAGUGUCUUUGUAUUAUCCACAAGCAAACGGAGCUAUUGAACGCUGGAACCGUGUUCUCAAAGAAACACUACUUACUGCUGAGCAGGAGAGGAAACCGUGGAAACCGUUUAUACAGGCCUUCUUGCUCACAUACCGUGCAACUCCACACAGUACAACAGGAGUGUCACCAUAUGAACUCAUGUUCAACAGGAAAAUGCGCACGAAAGUGAACAUCGGCCCUGCAAGCAAAUCUACUAUGCUGACAGAGAAGCAAUUGCGCAACCGUGUCAUAUCUAAACAAAAUGCAUCAAAAGCUUACACCGAUGUGAGGAGAGGUGCACAAAUACCAAAGAUCAAAGAGGGAAGUCUUGUAAGAGUACGGAAACCUUUCCAUGUCAAGAAAGGACUGUCAAAGUUCUAUAGACCUGCCAGGGUGGUACGGAGAGCUGGUGCAAAGUCGUAUGUGCUAGAAGAUGGACGCACUUGGAACGCUACUCAUCUCUCCCUGGUUCCUGACAGGGUAAAAGAUACCAUUGACAGUUCUGUUCCGGUACCUGUGCUUGGACCUGCACAAAUGCUGGAUGCCCCAGUAUCUGAGUCGGGACCGACACAGCCUUCCGGUGAUGUGCGGAUGCCUGCCAGGGUCAGAAAAAAACCUGCCUGGCUUAAUGAUUACGUACAGUAA